CGCGACUUUUAUCUCCUACUGUUUGAAAUACGGUUUGGAAAUUGAAGCUAACGAAUGUCUCGGGUUGCUUUUGUCUUUGUAAACAAUGUGCCAUGCUAGCGCCGUUAGCACACGAGCAUUCGUUGUAUGUUAGAAUUAUAUAUUAUUUAGUCGUAUGUUUAAGUCAGUGAAAUGCAUAAGUGUAUGACUAAGAGUAACUGUUGAAUUAUGGUGGAAAUACCAAAGAAGCUGCUUCAAAUUUCAGACUGUAGCUCGAGGUUGUGUAGCAUUGCUUUACUAUUGCGGCGUUUUCUCUACAAUACGACUGUCACCAAACACUUCCGUGAUGGUCUGAGUCGUGCUCGUUUACGUGUGUUGCGCCUCGUAGCCCCCUUUUAUCGUGAGACUGGUUCACCAGGACGCCGAUAGUGAAGGACGCCGACGACGUGCGACAGCUGAGUGUGAGACCCUUUUCCUUCACCAAGUGGUGUCCGCUGGUUUGGACACCCUGAGUGUUAGAGGGUGGAUGUUUGUAUGGGUGUGAUAAAUUUCAUGCAGACCUAGGACCCUGGCCUGAUGGAGAAAAGGGAGAGAAAGCCGGGAUAUUUUGCCAGGCUGAAGAAGAGGAGACAGCUGAAGCAGAACCAGGUGGAGAAGAGUGUGAAUGAGCAGAGUCUGGUGGUCAUCUCCUGGCCCGGCAGCCCUACUGAAGGUGAACCACCCAAGACUGACCUUCAGAGAAUUAUCGUGACACCGGCAGAUGAUGGCUGUAAAUUCAAGAAACCAACUAAAAAGGAGAAGAGGAGACCACCAGGCACUGUGGAGUUCAUUGUGGGACCAAAUGACUCCCUCAACAGCAUUGCCCUCAAGUUUAACAUCACCCCAAACAAGCUGGUCCAGCUCAACAAGCUCUUCAGCCAGAGCGUUUACCCUGGUCAGAAACUCUUUGUGCCUGACGUAAGCCAAACGGAGACCGACAUCCAUUCUGUGAACUCCUCGCUCAGCAACAGUUCGUCUGGGGAAGCGUCAUGUAACGGCCACCCAAACUGCAGGUCAGCGAGGCCCAUCCGGCGUGAGCUCUCCCCGGAAGACAUGAGCCCAUCCACUGUUAAAUUCAUCAAAAUGAGCUGCAAAUACUUCACUGACGGAAUGGGUGUGGUGGGAGGUGUGCUGAUCGUGACGCCCAACAACAUCAUGUUCGAUCCCCACAAGUCCGAUCCGCUGGUCAUUGAGCACGGCUGCGAGGAGUACGGUCUCAUCUGCCCGAUGGAGGAGGUGGUCUCGGUGGCUUUGUAUGACGACGUGUCCAGGAUGAAGCUCAAAGAUGCACUUCCUUCAGAUCUACCCCAGGAUCUGUGUCCUGUGUACAGGCCUGGCGAGUGGGAGCAACUGCCGUCAGAGCGAGACCUUAACCCCUUCAGCCGCUAUGAAGCUCUGGACCCAAAACAGCCCAUCGUCUUGGACGACAUUGAAUCUAGCCUCUCUGAAACUGGUAGCACAGAAGAGGAGCCAACAGAGAAGUCACCAUCAGAUGAAGGAUUCACCGAAUUAGAGCCCACAGUCAAUGGAAGCACCACGGACACGGAUGGGAGGUCGUCGAAGACCCCCAGUACGGCCAGCAGGGACCAUCAGGAGGACUGUUUAGGACCAGACAAGGCACUGCAGUGCCAAAUUAAAGGGAAGCUGGACGACGAAGAGGAUGAAGGUUUAGCUCAGAACAGCUCCAUUGAAGACGUGGAGUCGAUCCAGUCGUCUCUAGAGGCCGAGACAACAGGUACCAGGCAAGAAAUCCUAAAGGGAACCAAAAAUCUAAAAUCUAGAGGGACCGAAGAGCUGCUCAGUAGCAUGGAUGAGCCGAGGGUCAGCACACCUGUCGACCAAAUUAGGAAGCUGGGUAUAAAAGAGGCUCAUGGGAAGCAGAAUCCAUCAGCUGAACUGCUGUGUGAAGAAGACAGACGGAGGAUGAACUAUGAAGCAGAAGUGAAGUCCUGGCUGCGGGACAGGAUGCAGGCGCCAAUUGAAGACAUGCUUUUGUCAUCGGAGGAGAAGAGCAAGUCGCCGCCCAUGUUCCUCUGCUUCAAAGUGGGGAAACCCAUGAGGAAGUCCUUCACCGCUGGGAUGACGUCAAGUCCUGCCUACUGUUGUGGCAGCCACCGGAAGCAGCCCGAGUACUGGUUCGCUGUUCCACAGGAAAGGGUGGACCACCUGUAUUCCUUUUUUGUCCAGUGGUCUCCUGAAGUCUACGGCAAGGAUGCCAGAGAGCAGGGCUUUGUGGUGGUGGAGAAGGAUGAGCUGGACAUGAUCGACAACUUCUUCAGUGAACCUGCAUCCUGUAGUUGGGAGAUCAUCACUAUUGAUGAGGCCAAGCGCAGGCAGAGUUUUGGCAGCUGCGAUGGAGACUUGUCAGUGGAGGCGCUGCCCACACUUCUCGACACCAGCACUUUGCUGCAGGACACGCACAUCGAAAAGCUUGCUUAUCGCCUGCCAGCCAGAGUGCAGGGGUAUCCGUGGAGACUGUCCUACAGCACCGUCAAUCAUGGCACCAGCCUUAAGACACUGUACAGAAAAAUGGCUGAAGUGGACAGUCCAGCGCUGCUGGUGAUAAAAGAUAUGAAUAACCAGAUAUUCGGGGCAUUCUCGACUCACCCUUUCAGAGUCAGUGAACACUGCUACGGCACUGGAGAGACAUUUCUCUACAGCUUCUGUCCGGAGAUCAAGGUUUAUCGCUGGUCGGGGGAGAAUUCCUACUUUGUGAAAGGCAACACUGACUCGCUGCAGCUGGGAGGAGGAGGGGGUCAGCUGGGUUUAUGGCUGGACUGUGAGCUGUACCGCGGCACCACCGUCAGGUGCGCCACCUUCAAUAACCAGCCGCUGUCCGCGCAGCAGGACUUCAACAUCCACAGCCUGGAGGUGUGGACCUUCGAGUAGCCCACCCGGCCAACCGCCUGCUUUCACUCGCCUGCUCCACAAGCCUCCCGCACUGCAAGCAAGAAAGCCUUGAUUAUUUUACACAAAGGGAAGCAGAGCGCCAUCUGUCUGUCAACAGCUGUAACGUGUAGUCAUUUCUUGCAGAUUUGAUGGUCAGCUGUUUUGAUGGCAAGCGUCGUUCCAAAAGUCGCUGAACUAGUUAAUCGACAUUUGACUGCCUUAGAUAUCCGAACUCCAGCUGUCCCAGCAUGCAACUGCCUUACCACCACUAUGAUACUGGCUGCUGUCCGAGCUGUGAGGCUGUAGAAUCCACUGAUGUUACUGUCAAAGUCAAAGCUACCAUGUUUACAGGACCAGGUCGCUGAUUAGUUAUGAGACGGUCAAAGUUUGGGACGUCGCGCCCCUUCGUGUCAAUUCACCUUCGGAAGCAGGAAAUGUUUACAAGUGUUGCACGUUCCUCUGACAGCACUUUAUUUUGAAAUCCGAGGGGAGAAUGUCCAUCAUCCACCUUCCCCUGAAUCACAAAACAAGCAGCGCAACUCAAACAUUCACCGUGAAGACCAAACAUGUUUUGAUUUGUUGUAAGUGAAUCAUGUUUUAUACAAAGUUUUAGAUUUUAUUUUUGACCUUUUUAUUUUGUACUUUGUGUUUUCACACAGUUUUUAAUCUUCGUAGAUUUGUAGCAAAUGUCUUGUUUGUUUUGUUUUUUUUCUUCUUUUUUUGACUGGAGGAGCUGGACAAAGACGCAGAAAAUCCAAAGGUCGCUGUAUUUCCAUUUUUAAACCGUUACACUCAGCGUGACGCCACGUCUGCUUGCACUACAGCAUCGAUAGUUGUCAAUGAAGCCUUUUUCCGAACUGUAAAAUUGUCACUGAAUGUUGUUAAACGGCCGCUUCAGAAGGGAAGCUGACUGUCUGGCUGCUGUUCAGCCUCGACUUCACUUUUAAAAUGGGUGAAAAGGGAAAUCUUGUUGUUCUCAUUGCACUCUUCAUACACGCCACUAAUCUGAAUCAUCAUUUACCGUCACCCCGUGAACCCGCCGGGCUCAUAGUGCACCGUAACGCCACUGUUGGACACCGCUGCUGCGCUCUUCACCGUCGCUUCAUGUGAAAAUGAGCUUUGUUCUCUUAGUUAUGCCGUGUUGUUACUGUGAACGCUGCCCAAGUAUUAUUUCCUGUGAAUCCAAAACUGUUGUGUUGUGCGAUCUCACAAAGGACCUAUUUAUUGUGUUGUUAUUGCAACCACAUUUAAACUAAAUAAAUGUUUAA